AUGACUGUAAAACUUUCACCGUGCGAGUCCCCUGUUGUUUCUCAGUUCAGUCAGCAGCAAUCCGAAGCAAUUCAGUCUACGGAUAUCAAAGUAGCAAAGGUAAUAUUUACUGGAAACGACACUUCAAACAUUUUAUGGCUCGGAAAAUAUAAAGGAAGAUGCCUUUCUCUUUGGAAGCGGGAUUAUUCAUUUCCAAAUGUUCCGUACAAAAUUCUAACCACGAAAAACAUUGAUGUUAAUCCUAGCGAUGUUUGUUCAAUUUCUGCAAAUAAAGUGUGCGUCAGCUAUUGUGAUGGUCAUUUGGAUAUUUUGAAUACGGCCACAGACGACAUCGCCUUACUCAAGAAAAUCAGUUCUGUACACGAUGAAUGUGAAUCAAGGAAAAUCUGUGUGUUCGAGAAUUCAAUUAUUAGUGCUUCGACAAAUGGAUCACUUGUGUUAGUAGAUGUCGAAACAGGAUCUAGCAGCACUAUUUCAUCGGGUCAAGCAUGCAUUCGAUCUCUAUGCCAAGCUACCGGAAGUAAGCUUGUUGUUACUGGUACUUCCACUGGCCAAAUCAGCGUUUGGGAUUUACGAGAUAAAAAUUCUGAGGUGGAAAUUAUCGAGCCUCUGAAACACUUGCUCCCUUCAAAAAAGUCGCUUGAUGCCGUAAGCGCACUUGCCGAACAUCCGGCUCAAACCAACCUAAUUUCCUGCGGAACGGAUGAUGGAUUAGUCGGAGCUGUCGAUUUACGAAAUGGAGAAAACGCAUUUAUCUCAAGCACUUAUUUAGUAUUCAACAAGGGAGUAACUCAAGUGAUGUUCCCGAAAGGAAACAGUGAGAGCCUCGUUUGCUCUUCAAAUGAUGGUUCAAUUAUUCGUUUGGAUGCUUCUCGAAUCCCAAUGGUUGGUACGAAUCGCGUGAGCAAAGACAACGUCUGGUUGUGCAGCGAUCAAAUCGCCGAGAAUUUGCGAGUUAACCCGAUUCGAUCAGAGAACGUCUACCCAAUUUCGUCGUUCGAUUGUCGCGAUGACACCAUCGUUGCUUCAAGUGAAAUCGGAUUCAUUUCGCUAUUUGAGAAUCUUCCUUUCUUGCCAAAAGCGUCGCUGUUUUGA